ACUUUAAGUCCGCAGGAAUUGUUGCAAGAACGGAGCAUUUUAGUUUCCCUUUCAGCUUCCCUUUAUUAAGCCAGUUCCUUUUUAAACAAAGUCACCUUAUGAGAAGAGUAAUUGUUCCUCACUUGGCAACCCGACUAGCAUUGCUCUCCAUAUAAAACAAGAAGGUAUUUUCACAGCUACGUGGAAUACACCAAUAGGAUCAUUCCUGUUACCUGCCUUUGUCUUCCACCAUUACUGCACUUCAGAAUCACUGCAUAUGAGAAAAGCACAAAUGUGAAGUCGAUUGCAGCUAUGUUCAGUGGAGUUCCCAGUUCCAUGGAGGAGGCAGAGAAUUCCCCGGGGCCACCUGCUUUAAAAUCAUUUCAAGAUAGAAGAAAAGGAUUUGAGUCACCAAGCAACACUCCACCAGGAUUAACACCUAAGAAACCAGCAGUUCCAAAGCCUGGACUGGCACCAAAAGCAAACGAAAUCAAACCGCCACUUGUAAAACCAGUUGGAGGCAUCAACAGGAAUGCUGUCUCUUCUAACACAAACAUCCAAGCAAGGGAGGAGAAAACUACAUUUCCAAAACCAUCUGGAUUUAAAACGCCCAGCCAACAGACUGAAGAACCAAAGUUCCCAUUUCCAAAGCCUAUAGCUAACAAACCUUUUGUGUCCGCUAAUAAUGCUUCACAGGAGACUAAGUUUGGUGGACUCAAGCCACCUUUUCCACCAGAGCCAAAGGGAACUGAGGAAAAGCCAACUUUCCCAAGACCAUCGCAACUUAAAUCAGUUAAUUCAACUUCAGAAAAUGAAUCCAAACCUUCUUUCCAAAAGAGGCCGCCAUUUGGGGCGAAACCUCCCAUUAACUUGGGCGGAUCCCCAAGUGAGAACAGUUUCAACAAACACAACUUGGUAACAAAGACAAUUUCGGGUUCCCCGGACAACAAGCCUAUAAAACAGAUAAAGCAAUCAACAGAAGAAAACAUGUCUGCAAGUCCGUCCUUACAACCUUUCCAUGGAGUACCAUUAAGGCCUACUGGUAUUAAACAACUCCAAAGCCCGUUUCUAAAUAAAAGCACAGAGGAGCCAAAUGAAAGCCCGAAACCUAGCGCCAUAGCCAAAGAUUUUCAAAUGAAAACUAACCAAAACGGUAACAGUUCUUCACCUUUCGGACUCAAACAUCCUAGAACCUCAUCUGUCCCGGAAAAUUUAGGAGAACCAAAAGAUCCCAACGAACCAAAACGAAAGCCACUUCCCUCUCUAGCCAAAUUAGGUCCUCCACCUCAAAAACCUACAAGACCGCCAAAUGUGGAUAUAGAAAAAUUCAGAAAGCGGGCCGGUGGAAAAGUACUCGUCAGUGAACAGAAGUCAUCUGCCUUAUCAUCCGCAUUGCCUCCACCGCCCCCCAUCAAAUCACCACUAGGCCCAGCGUCAGUCCCAAAUUUACCACCCAGGAACAUGAAACUUCCAGAGCCCAUUAUGCCUGAUGAUGAUAAUUAUGAUGACGUUGAGGGCCCUGCAACCAAUGAUAUAAGUGAGGAGAGUGAAGGUGAUGAGGUCUAUGAUGAACUUGACGAGCCAAGGAAAGAACAAGAAAAAGAUGAAAAGAAGAGAAAAAAAGAACUGGAGCAAGCCAGGAAAGAGCAAAAGGACAAAGAAAAGAAGGAGCAAGAGAUACGAAAGAAAUUUAAGUUAACAAGUAAGAUUGAGGUUAUUCAUCAAGUCAAGGCCAGCGUGGACCACAAAGGUGGCAAAAAUGAAAUCUCUUUCAAGAAUGGUGAUCAGAUUGAAAUCAUACGGGUCACAGAUAACCCUGAAGGAAAAUGGCUGGGUAGAAUGAAUGGAAUCUAUGGUUACAUCAAAACGACGAUGGUGAAUGUUGACUAUGAUUCUCUAAGGAGAAGAAAAACAGUAACUAUGCAAACUCUCGUGAAACCCGAUUCAGACCAGGACAUUUAUGACGAUGUUGGAGAGGAUGAGGCCAGCAGAAUCUCCGCCGGGAACUCCUUCUUCCCACCUCCACCGAGUAAUGAUGACAUCUAUGAUGGAGUUGAUGACGGCCCCCAUGACAGCUCUGUACCGCAGGAGGAAGAGAAAAGCGGCACGUGGUCCUGGUUUAAGAAGCGGAUGGGGACCCAACAAAAACAGAAACAUGUCUCCGAAAAAACUGAGUCUGAAGAGGGUGAAGACGAGUUUUCGUUGUCACAUUCAUCCAUUCCUGAUAGCGAUGUUUACGACGAUGUGGAAACUGAUUUCCCACCUCCUCCUUUAGAAUCUAGUUUGUGUAUGAGCAAAAGAAAUGACACUCUGGGAAGGUCAUCAGAUUACAAGACUCUCAAGAAGCUGGAAAAAGAGGAGAAGGAUUUCAGGAAAAAAUUUAAGUUCACAGGAGAGAUCCGGGCACUCUCCACAGUCCAGGUAGUGUUAAAUCUGUCAACGAAGAAAUGGGGAUCCAAAGACUUACCUCUGAAGGCUGGAGAAACCUUGGAUGUGAUACAACUUUCGAGUGGUUCCACACUUCUGUGUAGAAACAAUGAGGGCAAAUAUGGUUACGUAUUAAGGAGCAAUAUAGCUGAUCAUGAUGAUGGGGAAAUUUAUGACGAUAUUGGAGAAGAUUGCAUCUAUGACAAUGACUGAGCCUACUAUGACAUUUUCCUGCAACCUCAUACAUCACCCUCCCUAUAGGAUUUUACUCGCCAGGAUUGUCGCGUCAUACAAAAUAUUGUUGUAAAUAUGAUCACUUCAGUUUGCACUUGUGUUUUCUUGGAAAAAAAAAAAAUUAUGAGCUGCAAGUACUUUCUAUAAAGGAAAAUUACUUGUGGCAAAAAAAAAAUCGAAUUUCUUUAAAUUUCCUAUCAAUGUGACGUAUUAUUCACUCAACAUACGGAGUGACUAUUGUAUAUGUUCAGCAAGCAUUCUUCUGUUUAUGCAUGGCCAAACAUCUUUCAACAUGUUUUAAUGUUUUA